UCCAUGAGUGUUGAGUCUUUCUUUUCUUGACACUCUUUUGUUUUCUCGUCUACUCUACUGAAUUUGAUUUUCCCCUAAAUUGUGCUUGUGGUUUAUCGGCGGCAUCGAGGGUGGGUUUGUUUCUUCUAAAGAGAGAAACAACUACCACACAAUGUCUGUGCUUUUUAACAUGAUCCCCUGUUCUUACAAGCGAUUCAACGUUUCCACUUGCGAGACUUUGCUGCAAAAGAUACCUGUAGAUGCCCAGUCACUCAUUCAAAGAAAGGAAAUUCAUGUAAAAGAAAUUGAAGAGGACAUCUCUAAAACACUCCAAAAUCCCGAAAAGUCGCAAAUGCGUAUUGCUCACACUGUGGAGGUAUUGAAUCUUAUCGACGAGAAUAACAUGAUUAAUCUUCUAAAGUAUAUUAUAUACUUUUGUGAAGUAGUUGAUCGUCAUCUUCCUUUCCUUGAAUCCCAAAGUGAUGUUCCCCCUGACAUGAAGGAAAUCAUAGCUAGUUUAUGCUAUAUUGCAUCAAGGUACGGUGAACUUCCAGAUUUGGGUAAGCUUCUCUCACAAUUUUCAAGAAAAUACGGGACAGAAUUCAUAACUAAUGCUGCCAAGCUCAAGCCAGACUGCGGCGUUAAGGAGCAGAUAAUAGAGUGGUUGUCAGUUCCCAAACCACCUGCCCAGGAACGAAACAGACUACUAAAAGAAAUUGCUGACCAGUUCAAUAUAGUUUGGCAUGAAGACAUGGUGGCUUCUGAUGUUGAGGAACAAAACAAACUUCCAGAAAAAAUUGCUCAUAAUCAGUUCAGUACAGUUGGGAUGAAAGACUCAAUGUCACAUGACAACAUGCAAGAUAGAAACUACCACAUGAUGUCGGUGCUUUAUAACAUGAUCCCCUGUUCUUACAAGCGAUUCAAUGUUUCCACGUGCGAGACUUUGCUGAAAAAGAUAGCUGUAGAUGCCCAGUCACUCAUUGAAAGAAAGGAAAUUCAUGUAAAAGAAAUUGAAGAGGACAUCUCUAAAACACUCCAAAAUCCGGAAAAGUCGGAAAUGCGUAUUGCUCACACUGUGGAGGUAUUGAAUCUUAUCGACGAGAAUAACAUGAUUAAUCUUCUAAAGUAUAUUAUAUACUUUUGUGAAGUAGUUGAUCGUCAUCUUCCUUUCCUUGAAUCCAAAAGUGAAGUUCCCCCCGACAUGAAGGAAAUCAUAGCUAGUUUAUGCUAUAUUGGAUCAAGGUACGGUGAACUUCCAGAUUUCAAUAAGCUUCUGUCACAAUUUUCAAGAAAAUACGGGUCAGAAUUCAUAACUAAUGCUGCCAAGCUCAAGCCAGACUGUGGCGUUAAGGAGCAGAUAAUAGAGUGGUUGGCAGUUCCCAAACCACCUGCCCAGGAACGAAACAGACUACUAAAAGAAAUUGCUGAUCAGUUCAAUAUAGAUUGGCAUGAAGACAUGGCGGCUUCUGAUGUUGAGGACCGAAACAAAGUUCCAGAAACAAUUGCUGAUAAUCAGUUCAGUAUAGUUGGGAUGCAAGAAUCAUUGUCACAUGACAACAUUAAAACUGUGAAAACAUGAUGGAGAUUGUGCCGAGUGCGAAGUAUUGUUGAUUCGUGUUAAGAAUAUAGAUAGUUAGCCUUUCCAUUAGUUUGUUAGAGUUGGUUAGUUGGUUAAUACGCAAAAUUGCUCUAUAUAAGAGUCACCAAUGUACUAUUUUGAUUAUCUUUUAUCAAAAUGAAAUCUUACGAUUUCUAUUCUGUUUCAAGCUUUCUAAGCUCUAAGUCUAACCGAGAAUCUUCUCUAUCUAUCUGACUUAACAAGACUAUUUGUAAUUGAUACUUAAUGCUUAUUAAUGCUUAGUUCAUGUAGUUUUCUAGA